CCAGUUAAGAAGCUUCAGUGAGAAGAAUCCAGCCUGUAUUUAAACUAAAAAUAAAAUAAAAGCUACAAGCAGGAACAAGCUAAUAAUCUCCAUGAUCAAAGGGCCAAUCAUGUUGUUGUUCUUAAACACAGCCCAAGCUUGGAUUUGCAUACUCUGUUCCUGCAAGCCUCUUGAUUCCUGGGGUUGGGCAGCAAACUGCAAUUUGAUGGCACUUAAGGAGAUGCCUCUCCUGAACUCAAGCAUCAGAAUUCUUCAUCUGCAAAACAACAAUUUGACCACUGUUCCUUUUGGUGCUCUGGACAGUUUGACCAACCUGGAGGAAAUUAAUUUUUCCAACAACCCUUGGCACUGUGACUGCUCUAUUUUAUAUCUCAAGGAGUGGCUGGAAGACUUCAACAAAAGUUCUCUUGAAAAGGCUACCUGUGCAACUCCAGCUUCUCUAAAUAAGAAGGCCUUAAGCCAGCUGAAAGGGAAUGAACUGGAAGGAUGUAGGAAACCCCUCCCAAUCAAUUGCCGUGAUUUUUUUUGGAGGGACUUUGGUCUGACUUUUUUGGUAAUCAUUGUCUUAAUUUUAGCAGCAUGCAUUUUGCAAUGUUCAAAACAGUUAGUUUUCCAAGCCAUCAGAAAGCAGCAUUCUUCUGAAAUCCCACUGCUAUGGUUCCAUGACCUGGAAAAUCAAAAGACCAAGUGAAAUGCUGAAGUGGGCAAUACGUCACUGUAAGAAUAAAACCACCCAUUUAAAGGUCGUAUUUUUGCAAACUGAAAGUAUCUAUAAUCACAACUAAAUGCCUCUUUUGAUGAAGACAACACACUCUUUCUCACACACAUACACAUGUGUAUGUCAAUAGUCACUAUCAUUGGAAUUAAACCAAAAAUUCUGACAGCUGUGUAAAUUGUUUUGCUGUGUAAUUGUACUAUACUUAUUAAUACUCCAAUAUGCAUAA